AUGAGCACAUUUGCGUCCCCUGCGGGGACAGACUUCUUUCAAAAUGGGGGGCCCCCCACCAUAGGGGGCCCUCGGAAUGUCGGGUCUUCUACCUUAGUGGGCCCCCCUCCACCUGGUGAUGGGGGGCCCCUCAGCGGCCACGCCGGUGGUCGUAGCGCCUCUGUCAGUCAAUCUAACUUGGGUUUCUUCCCCUACAUUCACCAGCAGCCGCAUCACCAUCACCAUCACCAGCAACAGCAGCAGCAGCAGCAGCAGCAGCAGCAGCAGCAAGAAGAGCAGCAGCAGCAGCGGAGAUCUCUCUUUGCUUCUUCUUUUUACAUGGGAGGGGGGGCCUCCAGGGGGGCCCCUCGCCGUGGUUCGGUGAUGGGUCUGGACGUCAACAGCGACGGUUAUUUGGGUGUAUCUACAGCAGAAAAUAAAAGGCAAGCGUUUUGCUGCGAGGGCCCUUCUUCUCAGUUUGCAGGUGCUGCAGUGCGGCUGCUGUGGAGUGGUAUAUCUUUAGAAGAGCAGAAUGUACAAAUAGAUAGCCCGGGGAGGGCCCCCUUCCUGGGGGCCCCCUGGGGGUUCAGAAUGGGGGCCCCUCUCUUUAAAGCUGUUUACGAAGAAAAUCGAAAUGCAUUUACCCUCACAAGUCUAAAUGAAUCAAUUCCCUUGCCUCCAUUCCUCUCCCGCCUUCUGUGUCGCUGCGGCGCUGCAGAAGCACCCAGCAGCAGCAGCAGCAGCAGCAGCAGCAGUACCAUCAGCAGCACAAGCAGCAGCAGCAGCAGCAGCGGGAGAGGGAGCGGGGUUUGCUGCUGUCGUUCGCUGCCUCCUUACGGUUUGAUUCCGGAGUUGAAUCGGCUUUGGGUGGCUGAGGGCUUCAAUUUAUAUUUGUGGGAGUUGGGUGCUGCUGAGGAAGCCGUAGAAGUUUUAUCUUUUUCAGAAUAUGUUGAGAGUGCAGUGUACGUACAGCUGGAUAGGGCGUUGCUUCCUCCUGCAUUAAGAAAUUCUUUUUGCUGGAAUAAUGCUUCUCUUUCAUCUUCUUCUGUUGCAGCACAUCUUGAUCUCUCAGGGUGUACAGACACCCCACCCUUCGCUGACAUUGCCUCCUCACCUCUCCACUGCCUCGCAAUUUCUACUUCUAAUUCUGUUCGUUUAUUUGCUGUCUCUGCGGCCUCUGGUGCUGCAGCAGCGCAGCAGCAGCUGGGGGCCCCCAGGGCCCCCCCCUCCCUCUCUGCUUGUGAAUACGCUGAAAUCG